AUGCCGGAAUUAAGAACAAUCAGUAAAAUCUUUACAGCCCUCGAACAGUCCGAAGGCGCUGGAGCUAGAGUACGACGCUCCAUUGGCAGCCGACAACAGCGCAACUUCUCGCCAUUCCUCAUGCUUGACUACAUGAAGGGCGGCAAUGGUGCAGGGUUCCCCGAUCAUCCACACCGAGGACAAGAAACAGUGACCUACAUCCUCAAGGGCGCUAUCGAGCAUGAGGAUUUUGCUGGAAACAAGGGCAUUUUGAAUGCUGGAGACUUGCAGUUUAUGACUGCGGGCAGAGGCAUUAUGCAUUCCGAACAGCCCGUCGAGGGCUCUGAUGGAGGCGAUAGUAUGGGCCUACAGCUGUGGGUCGACCUCCCAAAACAUCUCAAGAUGUGUGAGCCCAGAUAUCGCGAUUUGAGAGCCAGCGAGAUCCCGAGCGUGCAUUUAGACGAUGGCAAGGUUCUGGUCAAGGUUAUAUCAGGCAAGGUCGGCGACGUCGAUAGUGUCAAAGACUUGUCAUAUACCCCUGUGUGGUAUUUAGAUGUUGAGAUUCACCCAGGUGGCACGCUGGUCCAAACACUACCUAAGGAUUGGAACGCAUUCUCCUAUAUCUUUGAGGGUUCUGCCGAUUUCGCAUCUGACACCGGAGUCUUGACAAGGGUGGAUCAACAUGGCACGGUGCUAUACAAACCAGGAGGAGAUGUCGUUUCUAUCCAGGUUCCUGAGAGCCAAGAUACCAGCGCUCGCCUUCUCAUUAUCGCCGGCCAGAUCCUCGACCAGCCAAUCGUUCAGCAUGGACCAUUUGUAUCAACUAGUGCUGAUGGUAUUCGUCAGGCUUUCGAAGAUUUCUACGAGGGUAAGAAUGGAUUUGAGAGAGCAAAGGGAUGGCAGAGUGACAACACCAAGCGCAGAAUGAGUAUAUAG